UCCAUUUGUUUAUCAGGGCUGGAAGCAGUGCCUGCAGAGAUCUGUCCCUUUUGGAGACAGGCCGGACCCCUUUCUGCAUUCUAGGUGCUCUAAUCUACAGCAGUGGGAGGGGGAGCAAGCCUGCUCCCCCUCAAUAGUCGUGGGAUGUGAGAUGAGUCCUCCCUGCUGAGGUUUCUGCAAAUCCGGGCUGGUGCCCCGCCUUCCCUUCACCUGCACUUCCGCCCCGCCCACCCCGCCACUGUUCCAGGGCUUGUGCCCGGGGCUGCCUGGAGCCUGGGGUGUCCCUGGAGCCAGGACUUUUUCUGGCAGAGGCCAAGGCUCACCAACGUCAUCAGGUCUAUCCAUGACUGAAGCAAACACAACCUCGAUCUCAGGGGCCACCAAUGCAUCAACCACGGCCCCUGGACUAGGCAGCGGGGGCCGGGCAUGGCCUGUGCUGGUAGGAGUUGUGCUGGGGGCAGUGGUCCUCUCCAUACUCAUCGCGCUUGCUGCCAAGUGCCACCUCUGCCGCCGAUACCGAGCCAGCUACCGGCAUCGCCCUCUGUCCGGAACAGGGGGUGGGAACCGCCCACAGGUGGGUGAAGAUGAGGAUGAUGAUGGCUUCAUCGAGGACAAUUACAUUCAGCCUGGGGCUGGUGAGAUGGAGGCGACAGGAAGCCGGGACCACUUCUCUCUAUGAGCCCUAUCUUUGGACACUUCCCUCCAUGCCUGGAAGUUUAAAGACAAUGACACCUCAAGUCUCAGGGUCAGCAGAAUUCACUAAUACCUAAAGCUUGACCAGGAGCCUGUUUUCUGACACUGGUCUCCAAAGUGACAAUUCUGUUUCUCAUUAACUUUCCAUGGCUCCCCGCUGUCCCAGAAUACAGCCUGACAGUGCAAAUGUGGGAAAAGGCUGCUGUGAGCAGGCCUCUUGAUUUCCUUCCUUUGCCCUGCCUUCCUACUUUACCUACUGCUUGGGCUGCCUUGACACCCCUCAUGAAGGGAGCCUUGACCAACAAGUCCCAGGAUUUCACACAUGUCCCAACAGGAGAAGAGAGUGCCAAACUUCUUACCAAAAAUUUUUUCUUAUCAAUAAAGUAUAUGACUUGGUUAUAAUACAUCAUGUUUUUCACAGUAAUUAAUAAAUCUAUUUUCAUUUUG